AUGGUUGAUCAAGGUAGUGGGGCAGAGAUUAUGUACCCUGACUUAUUUAAAGGUCUUGGACUUAAACUUGAGGAUUUGGACCAGUAUGGCGCUUUGUUGAUCGGGUUUGAUGGAAACACUACUAUUCCGAAGGGGAUGAUCCGAUUGCCUGUGCAGACUAGGGAUAAGGUGGUGGGCAUAAAUUUCAUAGUGGUGGAUGCUUUUUCGCCAUAUAUCGCCAUCCUAGCCAAGCUAUGGCUACAUGCCAUAGGGGCAGUCUCAUCCACGUUGCAUGUUAAAGUAAAAUGUCCUACCAAUGAGGGGGUGGUCGAGCUGGUAGGAUGCCAAUUUGUGGCUAGACAAUGUAUGGUAGUAGUGGUUAAUCACCGUGUUGCUGAAAUUGGCUCUUCAGAAGUGGCAUCGACUUUGCAGCAACCAUAG